AUGGUUGAAUUCAAAGUUAUCAAGGGAUCGUCGACUGGCGCCCUCGUGGACGCAGUAUCUUCUCGUGAGAUCAAGUCUGAUGAGGUACUGAUUGAUGUAACGCACAGUGGCGUUUGCUUCACAGAUCAUCACUAUCGGCAAGCGGACAUGGCCCUGGGUCAUGAAGGAUCUUUCGCAAGCGCCGCGGUGUGGAAGGAAGAUUUCAUUUACAAGAUUCCGGGCAAUAUUUCGUCCAGCCAUGCCGGCCCAUUGAUGUGCGGCGGAUCUACAGUCUUCAACGCCUUGAAGCUCAAUGGUGUGCGCAGCACUGAUCGAGUGGGAGUCAUUGGAGUCGGCGGCUUGGGCCACUUGGCAAUCCAGUUUGCCUCCCAAAUGGGCUGUGAGGUUGUAGUGUUUUCGUCGACAGAGCAAAAGAAAGCGGAAGCCCUCGCAUUCGGAGCAAGUGAGUUUUAUACUACAAAGGGUGUGGAAAAGCUUGACAUCCGUGCUCCGAUUGACCACUUGCUGGUAACAUCCAACGCUCAGCCGGAUUGGGGCCUUUACCUCCCAAUAAUGGCUCCAGAGGGAACCAUCUACCCCAUCACAGUAUCAUUUGAAAAGCUUGCAGUGCCAGCAAUGGAUCUUAUCAUGGGUGGUUUGAGGAUUCAAGGGGGCAUGAUUGCUCCUCGACAAAUCCAUCGUGAGAUGUUGGAAUUUGCAUCUCGCCAUAACAUUAUUCCUGUAGUGGAAGAAUUUCCAUUGACAGCUGCUGGCGCUACAGAAGCACUUCAAAGGCUUCUUGAUGGAAAGAUGCGAUACCGUGGAGUCUUGGUCGCACAAAAAUAG